AUGUCCCAAGAAUAUUAUAUGAGCUGUGAGAUAGUAAAGGCCCACUUUGCUCACAUACAUAUCGUGCCGAUCAACUCGUGGGAAACGGCUGUUGAUCGCUUCUGGGUGAAUGUUCUGAACAAAUAUUUCACCCGAAAUUAUAAUUUUGACGUCAUCACACAAACACGACCAGACUCUACACGUGAACUGCACACCGAAAUUACUGUCCAGCGCUUUCUGGUUUAUGAGAGCAAGUGCGCAUACGAGGGCCGCACUGCUCGAUGGAAAGAAGCUCUGGAUCAACUCGAGGGUUAUCUACAGGCCACAUUCAUAAAUGAGCCGGGCACCCUUGGCCCUCUUUAUGGUGCAGUGGCUAUUGGAAGGUUUGUUCGAUUCUACGUGAUUGAACAUAAGAACGAUAGAAUGCAUGAUUUUAACGCAAAGCCUGGCGGCGAGGCAUAUCAUGUUGAAGGGGAUGAGGAAGAUAUUCAUGGCAUCCUUGAAACGAUUCGCGACGCAGCAAUUCAGUUAAAAUCCUAG